AGCUUACAACUUGGAAAAGUAAUCACUGCUUUUCAAUUUGUUUGUUUCAUGGCGGAAGAAAAGAUAUUCGGCAAAGGGGACGCUGUUAAAAACUGCGGCGUCUCGAGUUUUGUAACUUUAAUAAACUAGCUUUGAAGUUGCAGUAAGAAGACCCUAAUUCUUUCAUCCAACUAAAAUUCGAUUUCACAUCUGGAAAAGGGAAAAACAUAAAAUUUUAACAGUGUAAUCGCAACGAGAACGCCCUAAUUCUUUCAUCUAAUUAAAAUUUGAUGACAUUUACUAAAGAAAUUUUUCGUGUCCGCGAGGAAAAUUUGUACAGCUGACUGGUUUAUCAGGAACAUCAUUCAGCCAGUAAUCUCUCGUUCGCCCUCAACAAUUCUCAAUUUUCGGCCUACACAUUGUUUUCGAUCUGUAUUUGUAUUUCCUGUUUUGAUGGCGCUUUCAUACUGGGAUGAUGAGGAAGAAGAUGAAUAUGAUGCAAUGGGAAAUGAGUUUGAUGAAGACAUGGAUGCCCUUAAGCGUGCAUGCCAAUUAACUGGCGAAGAUCAUAGGGUUGCCGAGAAUGCUUCAGAAGCUGAGAUUAAUGGUGAGAACGAGGAUGAGGACGAGGAUGAUGAUGAUGAUGCAGACGAUAGUAAGUUCUUGUACGAUAUUCAGAACAGAUUGAUGUCGGGACCGGCUCGGGUUCAAAUCCCGCUAAUCAAGGGGGAGAUUGAAGAGAGGCCUUUGGACUGGUACACCGAAGAAGAUGAUGAGGACAUUCUUAAAGAAAUUCGCAACAGGUUUGCGGACUCUGGAGCCUCCAUUAUCUAUGGCACUCAUGGUGAUGAUAGUGAGGUUCUUAGAACUCAAGCAUUAAAGUAUGACAGCAGGACUGUCAUAUCAGCAAAACAUGAAUUGUGCAAUGAUGAAUUAGGAAUCACACUACUUGAUCAGGUAUUUGAUGAAGAUUAUGCAACUUCUAGAGCCAUCAUUGUAUCACAAAAUUCAGAAAUUUCUGAUGACAGAAUGACUGGGAAACCUUCAAAUGGAUGUGUUGACGCAGAUGCCUCUGGACCUCUAUCAUCUAAUGUUGUUCCAGGACCAAAAUAUGCUGGGAUUCCAGGAUAUGCACGGGCGUUACUAAAUGCACUUAAGAAAAACAGAUUAUGUCAAAAGAAUUUACGAAGCAAAUUAUUACAGAUUGAAGUAAAGAUGGAAGAGAACAAAGAAUUGAGAAACCGUGUCAAAUGUCUUGUUGAUUUUCAAAAUGCAUGCAAAAGACGUUUGCGACAACUGUUAUCACAAGACACUGAUUCUACAUUCAAGCUUAUCGCUUGCCCAAAAGCUAGAUCAUCUUCCAGUAAACUUAAGGAAACUGCAGACACCAAGGUUACGUACAGAUGUUGUGGGCCUCCUGAAAAUGAAGAUGUUGCAAAGUAUAACAUGGUACAGAAGAGUUUUCCUACAACGGUUGAAAGGAAAAAGUGGUCAAAGAAAGAGAGAGAUAACCUUGGAAAAGGUGUGAAGCAACAGAUGCAGGAGACCCUUGUACGGCAAUCAAUGGAACUUUUGAAAUCUGAUGAAAACUUUGAGGAUGCCAACCAUCUGGAUGAGCAGAUUUUAGCUAUUUCCCAAGCAGAAGUUUCUCCAGAAAAUAUAAGAUCUUUUCUGCCUCAUGUUGAUUGGGAACGUUUGGCAUCCACAUAUGUUGCAGGCCACUCUGGUGCAGACUGUGAAGCAAGAUGGCUAAAUAACGAAGACCCAUUAAUUAAUUUCAGUCCAUGGACAAAAGUUGAAGACAAAAAGCUUUUGAUGAUUGUACAAAACAAUGGACUUCAUAACUGGGUACAGAUUUCAAACAUGUUGGGCACUAACAGAACAUCUUCACAGUGCUUGUCAAGAUAUCAACGCAGCCUCAAUGCUCACAUCAUGCGGAAAGAUUGGACAGAUGAAGAAGAUGACCAACUUCGAGCAGUUGUUGAAACUUUUGGGGAGAAUGAUUGGCAGAUUGUUGCUGCCAAUAUGGAAGGACGGACAGGUGCUCAAUGCUUAAACAGAUGGUGCAAGUCUAUUCUCCCAGAUAGGAAAAAAGUUGGAAGAUGGACGGUAGAGGAGGAUAAGCGGUUAAAGGUUGCUGUCCUGGUUUAUGGGCCUAGAAUGUGGAAAAAGAUUGCCUCAUUUGUACCUGGCCGAACUGAAGUUCAAUGUAGAGAAAGGUGGUGUAAUGUUCUGGAUCCUUCAAUUAAGCUGGAAGGAUGGACAGAAGAGGAGGAUGCCAAAUUGGAAUCAGCAGUUUCUCUUUAUGGAUAUUGCUGGUCCAAGGUUGCAAUCUCUGUGCCUCCCCGCACUGAUAAUCAAUGCAGGCGGAGGUGGAAGGUUUUACAUCCACAAGAAUUGGCUGCUGCUCAAAAGGCUAGGAAAAUAAGAAAAGCAGCAUUGAUCUCAAAUUUUGUUGGACGGAAUAAAGAACGACCAACAAUUGGUCCUAAUGAUUUUUUCACUGAAUUUGAGGGAGGCUCAUGUUCUGAGGGAAAUGUGCAGGAAGAACCCUGUGCACCACUUGCUAAGAAGAGAAGACGUCAACAUGUAAAAGAAAACAAUGUAAAGCCUAGUGCUAAGAAAAGGAAGAAAAGUCAUCGUACAGCUCAGCAGAAAGAUCUUCAGAAUUGUAGUGAAGAUUUUUCUGGCAAAAAAAAUCGAGAUCGUGGUCAUUGUCAUUCUGAAGGUGUGCCCACUGCUAUGGGAGAUGGGGGAUGCCAGCCAUGCCCCAAAACAGAUAGGAGGACAAAAAGGAAAAAGUGGCAAGCAGCACUUCAAAAGGAAACUUCAAAUUCAAAAAUAGAUGAUGGAGGAACUAACAAGCUACAAACUUUGUCUGCUCUUGAUGUUAGCAGUGGAUCGCAGUUAGUUUUAUAUGCCCCUGGCCAAACCCAGUCAUUGAUUUGUCUUGAUCAAGUUGGGAAUUCUUGGUAUUCUAAUCCAGCAGCCAAGAGGGUAACACAAAAGCGGACUAGAUCAUGUCGGAAACCCAGGUCUGUAAACCAGAAAAUGGAUGGUCUUGAAUUGGUGAAAGAUAAAAUGACCGUACCUGCAGAUUCUGAGGGUAUCUUUGUUGCAAAUGCUGAGUUGCAUGCUUCCUUGGCUAAAUCAGAUAAGAGUGAUAAAAUAAAGCAAACAAAAUCAUUUAGAAAGCAUGGGGCAUCUAACCAGCAAAGGGAUGGUGACAAAACAAUGCAGCUUGCCACAACAUCAAUUUGUGAUAGUGGGUCUCUUCAACAUUUAAUAUCCAUCACCAACAGUCAUGUCAGUGGGACAACUCCAGAAAAACAUGGGCAAGGAGAUACCAUCUCUAUGAUUAGUGACCAAGCUCAAAAAAUUUCUGCAGACUCUAUCAAAUCAAGCAAGAUAUUAAAGCAAAGCCAGGGUAAACCAGUUAAAAAAUUAUCAGAUACAGUGAUGCAUCGGAAUGGGAUGAAAGCCAAAUCUGCUAACCGGGCUAAAAUUGCAAAACAUAAAAGGGAUGAACAGGGAGCGUUGCAGGUGAUGAUGCCUACUGCUAUAGAGCAAGUUAAUUUAAUUAUUGGUGACAAAAGUAUGGAGACUUACUCAAACUCAAUGAACUCUAAAAAAGUGGCAAAGAAAAAACUGGCCGAACGAGUUACAAAAGACUCAAAUAAAGUGAUCUGUGAGAAAGAGAAUCAAACAGAAUCAGUUUGCCGAGAAAAUGGUCCAGUGAUCGGACAGGCAGAGAAUGAUCAGGAGAAAAACAAGAUUUUCAUGCAAUUUACUGGAAAGGAUAAUUCUGGUCUUCCUAAUGAAGAAACUGAUAUAGGGCAAGAUGAAAAUGUGGCUAUCGCUGCAAGAACAUUAUCAUCAUUGCCUUCCAGUUUUGAUUUAGAAAAUGUUCUCAGCAAUAAAUAUAUGGAAACAAUGGAUCACAAUCGUGUUUCUAAACAGAGAGAGGACAGUACAAGCAAGCUUGUGGGAGCUGGCUUACAAUCAGAUUUUGUAAAUUCUAACAACCAACAAACUGACAUUGAAAUGUGUGAAAAUGACCAAAACAAAAAUCAAAAGCUUGUUCUUUCAAAUGUAAACAGUAUAGAGAUUGACAUGAUUUCUCAGGCUUUAGCUGAUAAAGAGAUGGCAAUCAAGAGAAACAUUAGUGAAGGGUCCAAGCAGGUUGAUAAUGUGCAGCAAAGGAGAACUAGAAGAACUACACGACGUGAUUUUAAUUAUAAGGAUCUUCUGAAUGGAAAUAUUUGCAUUCAUACGCACAGAAACUGAAUUAAAAGAACUUGAGAGAUCAACAAUUCAAAAAGGGUGCUACAAUAAUGAAUAACCUAGAGAUGGAUAAUUUAUAAAUGAGUGGUGCAGCAAUUAAAUGGAAGUGGUGAGAAUUUUUAGAUAGAAAGAAACAAGGAAUUUCCAGUUCCAAUUUUCAGAAAACCAAAAUCCCUAUUAAGGAAGAAAAGUUAAAUGUGGGAUUAUAGAAUGCUAAGAAGUAAAAAAUACUGUACAAGAAUGGCAUUGGAUUUCAGAUAUUUAGAGUUGGAGCAGCACAGCCAGGAAAGGAAACCUGAUUUUUUGUAAGAAUGAAGUCUAUUAUAGUAGGCUUUUAAACCUCUACCUGUGUAUUGCUUCAAAACAAAAAAAGAUACGGUAAAAGCAUUUUUUGGGUGACCAAAAUGAGUAUCAUGUAUUGCACUGGGUGGCAUGGUUAUGAAAAAUCUGCUGUAUGAUAUGGUCAAAGCAUUUUCUACUGAUGACUGAUAACAAUGGAAAUACCAUAUGCUGGUUCAGUUGAUGCAAGUGCAGAUGAUGAAGGACUAGUCACAGAGGCCGACCUCUAAAAUAAUGCUUAUGGAGGGCAAGCCCUAGGUCUUACACACUAUUGUAUAUACCAAGUUACAUCUAUUGGGCGUCUGCCUUUAAGGGUGUUGGAGACUGCAGCAUAUGCAUGAUGAAAUUGUUUCAUACGCAUGGUCCGUUUAGUUUGUGGAGCAUCUUACACUUUUUUUGAAAUUUGGACAUGGGUCAAAUGAGGCUUGUUCGUGGGAGAAGCCAUUUACAUGAAUCAAUGAUUGAAAUGCUAGAAGUCUCGAGAGGAAGAAAGAAAAUUUAUCAAACUGAUGGCAAUGUUUCUAAUGAUACACUGCCAGGGCUAAAUAAUAGAGUCUGUAAACUUGUGCAGGCCACUGUAUUCCUGAACAAUUCUGUAUGACAAUAUAUUGGUUGCUUGUGUGCUUUUGCUCAUGAAAAAUGUCCUAUAGCCUUGAAGCUAUUGGUGGAGAUUUGGGAUGGUAGAGGAAAUCUGGCAUUGAUAAAGAGGCUUGUAAUGGGUAUCCCAAGGCAAUGAUCUUUGACAAUUGUUUCGUUUGGUUUAUGCAAAGAAUCAAGAUUGCCAGCUGGGAACGGAUAUGCCAUAAAGAAUUACAUAAGUCAAAAAGUCAAUGAAAUAAAGCUACUAGGGCAUGCUCUUAGAUGAUAAUGUGAAGAUCCAGGUAGCGCCAUUAGCUUGUAAUCAAAAUUUUCUUAGAACUAAUUGAUGGAGUAUAAAAUUAGAUAUAGAA